AUGUCUUGUGGUAAAACCCGGAAUAUUAUUAAUUUAGAAACAGUGAAUUUUCCGUUUCGCCACAGUUCUCGAAUCAAAUCUGCUGCUAAACAAAAUGAUUCUGCUCCCGAAUCAUCCUUAAGCAACAUAGAUUACUUGAACAAUUAUACAAUGACUGAGAGAAGUAGAACAUUACGGUCCAGAAGGAAUUCUGGCCUUGAUGAGCAAACUAGUUUUAGCAAGCAACAUACAAGAGCUGGCUCUGAGUCUAAGUCUACACCAACUACAGCCAGACCUACACGUAGAACAAGAGCUAGUUCUAUGGAACCUGCAGCAAACAUAGAUAAAAAUCAAAUGAAAACAAAUAAUAGUGAAUUAGUACAUACUCCUAUUAAUACCAGAAAACGUAGGUCUAUAUUACCGGCAGGAAAACAUGUAAUUGAAGAAAAGGAACAGAUGAUGAAUCCUGUAGUAGCAUUGGAACGUGUAAUGACCAAUCUUAAAGAAAUAAACGAAACAUGCUCUGAAAGUUUCACUACAGAAGAUGUGAAUAAAUCAGUGCCUGUGUCAAAGAAUGAAGUUGACACAGAUCUUGAAGGUACAUGUAAAGAAGAAACAAAUGCUGAUAUAAAUGCCAGAAAAGAAAACACUAAUCCUGCGGAAAAUUCUCCUAUAAAAGCAGUUGAAGAAGUAAAAAUGGAUACGUCUAUUAAUAAACUCAUAGUAUCAGAUAAUAGUGAAAGUAUAAAUGAUUCUAUAAAUACUACACAAGUGGAGUCACCGAUAGAAGAUGUAACAAAAACACAGGCUCAAAAAGAAGAAGUCACACCCAGAAAAUUGGGAAUGAAAAAUGGAAGCUAUGCAAACAAUUCUAUAAAAGAAGAUGAUGAAAUUCUCGGUAACAAGGAGAACCAAGAGGCAAAUAUUAUUGACAAUUCUAAAAAUACAGAUGUCACAGUUUCCAAUGUAUUAUUGCAAAGUCCAAAACUUGCAGUGAGUAAUUUAUGUGUUGGAAAAUCAGUCAAAGAAAGUAAUGAAAAUGCAGACAGCUCAGAUAAUAUGCAAAAUGUGAUGGUAACUGACACAGACUCAUUAAAUGAAAGUCCACUUAGUGAGAGUAUGGAUGAGAAAGUUUCAUGUAUUGAAGUAUGCGAAGAUUCAAGUCUAGAUGACAACAUACAAAUCUUGAAAUGUCCAGAAGAUGUUAAUGACAUGAAAUUAAGUCAGUAUAGUGACAUUGAGGAUCAGAAUACAUCAUCUGCAGAUACAAAUGUUGAUAAAAAUAGAGAUGAAGAAAUAGGCGCCGACAAAUCUCUUAGAUUGGAAACCAGUAUGGAAGAACUACAGCAUAUUACUUCAGAAGAUGGAACAAUUAAUAACGAUAAAAAUGUUGGGCCGCCAUUAACUCCAAAAGCACACACUAAUACACAUGAGGGGGAUCCGAAAGACGUUUGUUUAACUCCCAUUGAAUAUGCAAGUGAUAAAUGUGAAGCGAACGAAGAAACUGCAACUUCAAAUAUAUCCAAAAACGUAACAGAUGCAGAUAUUAUGAACUGUUCCAACUGGUCUGACAUAUCUAUAUCGAAGACAACUACAUCUUUGUCAUUAGCGACCAAUGAUUCUACUAAAGACGAUUCUGCAGGUAUCGAAAUGGUUACAGAAACUCCUAGUCAAGAAAAUGUAGGGAAAGAAUCUUCAGAUGUUGAUAUCAAAUUAACUGAUAUUGAAACUACUAGUGUAGUAACAGAUAAAGAUAAUAUUACUAAUGAAACUGAAAAUGAUAAAUCUUGCAGUGAUGCACAGUCUUCAGCUGAGUCUAUUGAGAAAGUACUUGAAAAAGAUGACGAGACACUAACCACCUGUACAAUGGAUGGCAGCAUGACGUUCGAUAGUGAGUGUUUGUGUGUGUUCUGUUCCAACACACAGAAUAAAACGGAAGAAAAUGAAAUUCCUAAAAUGUUUGAAAAGCAUGACGAAAAACCGGAAGACGAGAAUCAGUCCGAUUCAAAUGUGUCUAGAGAAUUAUUUAAAGAUAUUUCAGCUGAUGAAUGGAGAGAUAAGAUUUGUGAGACAAAUUCUGUGCACUCCAUGUCAACUGAACGAUUAGAAAACGAAAGUGAGAAUGAAUGUGAUGACUUUGUUUUGAUUACAGCCAGAAAAGAAAACACUAAUCCUGCGGAAAAUUCUCCUAUAAAAGCAGUUGAAGAAGUAAAAAUGGAUACGUCUAUUAAUAAACUCAUAGUAUCAGAUAAUAGUGAAAGUAUAAAUGAUUCUAUAAAUACUACACAAGUGGAGUCACCGAUAGAAGAUGUAACAAAAACACAGGCUCAAAAAGAAGAAGUCACACCCAGAAAAUUGGGAAUGAAAAAUGGAAGCUAUGCAAACAAUUCUAUAAAAGAAGAUGAUGAAAUUCUCGGUAACAAGGAGAACCAAGAGGCAAAUAUUAUUGACAAUUCUAAAAAUACAGAUGUCACAGUUUCCAAUGUAUUAUUGCAAAGUCCAAAACUUGCAGUGAGUAAUUUAUGUGUUGGAAAAUCAGUCAAAGAAAGUAAUGAAAAUGCAGACAGCUCAGAUAAUAUGCAAAAUGUGAUGGUAACUGACACAGACUCAUUAAAUGAAAGUCCACUUAAUGAGAGUAUAAAGAAGAAAGUUUCAUCUAUUGAAGUAUGCGAAGAUUCAAGUCUACCAAUUCAAAUUUUGAAAUGUCCAGAUAAUGUUAAUGAAAUAAAAUUAUUAAGCCUGUGUAGUGAAGAUCAGAAUACAUCUGCAGAUAUAAAUGUUGAUUCAAAUAGAGAUGAUGAAAUAGGCGCUGACGAGUCUCUUAGAUUGGAAGACAGUAUGGAAGAACAACUACAGAAUAUUACUACGGAAGAUAAAAUAAUUAAUAACGAUAAAAAUGUUGGGCAGCCUUUAACUCCAAAAGCACACACUAAUACACAUGAGGGGGAUCCGAAAGACGUUUGUUUAACUCCCAUUGAAUAUGCAAGUGAUAAAUGUGAAGCGAACGAAGAAACUGCAACUUCAAAUAUAUCCAAAAACGUAACAGAUGCAGAUAUUAUGAACUGUUCCAACUGGUCUGACAUAUCUAUAUCGAAGACAACUACAUCUUUGUCAUUAGCGACCAAUGAUUCUACUAAAGACGAUUCUGCAGGUAUCGAAAUGGUUACAGAAACUCCUAGUCAAGAAAAUGUAGGGAAAGAAUCUUCAGAUGUUGAUAUCAAAUUAACUGAUAUUGAAACUACUAGUGUAGUAACAGAUAAAGAUAAUAUUACUAAUGAAACUGAAAAUAAUAAAUCUUGCAGUGAUGCACAGUCUUCAGCUGAAUCUAUUGACAAAGUACUUGAAAAAGAUGACGAGACUCUAAACAUCUGUAAACUUCAUGACAGCGCGACGUCCGAAAGGAAAUCUAUUACUGAUUCCGACACACAGAAUAAAAUGGAAGAAAAUGAAAUUCCUAAAAUGUUUGAAAAGCAUGACGAAAAGCCGGAAGACGAGAAUCAGUCCGAUGCAAAUGUAUCUAGAGAAUUAUUUAAAGAUAUUUCAGCCGAUGAAUGGAGAGAUAAGAUUUGUGAGACAAAUUCUGUGCACUCCAUGUCAACUGAACGAUUAGAAAACGAAAGUGAGAAUGAAUGUGAUGAUUUUGUUUUGGUUGAUAAGGAAUCGUCCCAAACACCAGAAAAUACAAACAUCGAUAAAGAGAAGAUAGCAUUAGAUUACGAUUCAGAGGAUACAGUUCUACUGAAAACGCAAAAGGAUGAAUUGAAAGAAAAAAGAGAAGAAAGUGUGACUGUAUCAAAGGUUCAAUGCGAAAUGAAUAAAAAUAAAUUAGCUGAAGUAAUAAAUACUAGAAAAUCUAUGCAACAGGAAGAAAUUAACGAGAUAAAAAGUGAUACGAAUAAUCUAGAAGUUGAAUCACAAGAUCGAAAAGAGCCUAUGCAAAAUCAGAUAAAAGACAUACAAAAUGUAUCUCCCAGAAAAGCUAGUACAAUCGAAGUAUCUAAUCAAUUUACACCUGCAAAUACUACUUCAAUUGAAGACUCAGUAGAUAGAAAUUUACUAACUGAAACUGACCAAAAUUUAAAUAUGCCAUCUACAGAAUCAUCUUUGAAUAAAUGGAAUAGUAAAAAUAAAUUAAACAAUGGUUUAUCACGCAAAUCUAAAUCAGUUGAAAAACUAGAUGAUGAAGUUGAGAAAUUCGGUGAAGCUGAUACUGUGGAAGAAAAGGAAUCAUUGAAUAAGUCACCCAUUGACUCAUCAUCAAGUGCAAGUGAUUCAGAAUUAUUUAAAGAUAUUUCAGCUGAUGAAUGGAGAGAUAAGAUUUGUGAGACAAAUUCUGUGCACUCCAUGUCAACUGAACGAUUAGAAAACGAAAGUGAGAAUGAAUGUGAUGAUUUUGUUUUGGUUGAUAAGGAAUCGUCCCAAACACCAGAAAAUACAAACAUCGAUAAAGAGAAGAUAGCAUUAGAUUACGAUUCAGAGGAUACAGUUCUACUGAAAACGCAAAAGGAUGAAUUGAAAGAAAAAAGAGAAGAAAGUGUGACUGUAUCAAAGGUUCAAUGCGAAAUGAAUAAAAAUAAAUUAGCUGAAGUAAUAAAUACUAGAAAAUCUAUGCAACAGGAAGAAAUUAACGAGAUAAAAAGUGAUACGAAUAAUCUAGAAGUUGAAUCACAAGAUCGAAAAGAGCCUAUGCAAAAUCAGAUAAAAGACAUACAAAAUGUAUCUCCCAGAAAAGCUAGUACAAUCGAAGUAUCUAAUCAAUUUACACCUGCAAAUACUACUUCAAUUGAAGACUCAGUAGAUAGAAAUUUACUAACUGAAACUGACCAAAAUUUAAAUAUGCCAUCUACAGAAUCAUCUUUGAAUGAAUGGAAUAGUAAAAAUAAAUUAAACAAUGGUUUAUCACGCAAAUCUAAAUCAGUUGAAAAACUAGAUGAUGAAGUUGAGAAAUUCGGUGAAGCUGAUACUGUGGAAGAAAAGGAAUCAUUGAAUAAGUCACCCAUUGACUCAUCAUCAAGUGCAAGUGAUUCAAACAAAUCAGUUGAAAAACUAGAUGAUGAAGUUGAGAAAUUCAGUGAAGCUGAUUCUGUGGAAGAAAAGGAAUCAUUGAGUAAGUCACCGAUUAACUCAUCAUCAAGUACAAGUGAUUCAAACAAAUUAAAUGAAAGUAUAGACUCUGAUAUUGAAAGAGAAUACAAUUUUCAUGGUGUGGAAGUUUCUAAGUUUUCUGAUGAUGAUGUACCAGGGGAUGAGUGUAGAGCAUCAGAAACUGAAUCAUCAGAUCCAGAUGAUCAUGGAUCAGAUUUGGCAGAUUUUGUAGUCAAUGAUGAUGAUGAUGAUGAUGAUGGUGAUGAUGAUAAUGAUGAUGAUAAUGAUGAAAUUGUGCCAAGUGAAAUUGAUGAAGAAUUAUCCAAUACCCAAGAUGAUGAUAUUAAAAAUUCCAAUGAAAAUACGAUAGAUGAACAAUGCCCGGAAAUGCAGGUACAAGAAGAAAGCGAGGAGGAAGAAAUUGAAAAAGAAAAACAGAAGAGAACAGAUACAAAUACUUUUAGAAAAGAUAAACAUAAACCUACAAAGUCUAAGAAAUUGGAUUUGUCCAAAAUUACCAGUAAUGAUACAAAAAUCACAAACUCUGAAAUCGAAUCAAGUAAGAAGAAGAAGAAGAGAAAAAAUAUGAUAGAAAGUAGUGAUGAUGAAGUUUAUGAAGGUAAUGAGGAGAAUAAUGAAUGUAUCAGGAAAUUACAUAGUAGAAAUCUUGUUAAUGCAAAUGAAACUGACAAGACUGUAGUGAAUAAGCAAUGUGGAAAAGUGCAGACGCAAGAAAUCAAAGGAAAAGUAACUAAAAAAGAACAAGAAAAGGUAGGUGCAGAUAAGAUGGAUCGAGUAAGCGGAAUCAAAUCUACAGACACUACUGAGAAGGGAAGCAGUAAAUUUGGUGAAACAAGGCAAUUAGAUUUAUCUGAAAGUGGUAAGACUGUUAAGAGGAAAUCUGAAAUUGAAAUAGUUAGUAAAAAAAUAAAAAAGAACAAAACAAAGAAUGAUGAUGAACGAAUACAGAAAGAGAACGCUAUACAGAUUUAUAAAAAUGAAAGUGCAAAAUGUAGCACGGUAGAACUAUCGAGGAAAGGUAUAAAACGAUUUUCAGACAAUGUUAUUGGGAAUCUUUCAGAUGUUCCUAUAAAGAAACGUAAGCCUAACGAGCAAAAUUUGCCGUCGCGUUCAAAUCCUUAUUCAGUGCUUAUAAUAAGUAAACUAAAUGUUAAGCCUGACCUCAUUUUAUUAAGUUCCUAUGGAAGUACAAGUAAUUUUUAUGUUGAGAAUCUUCGAAGGUUGAAAAAGACUAAAACGGCUAAGGAAAACAACUUGAAUUUCGAUCAUUUGGACGUUGGCACAUGUGCGUAUCCAAAACAUUCUACAGGCCCUAAGUUUCGUAUUUAUUUAUUAUCAUUUAACGAGAAAUAUAAGAACAACAUGUCACGCUGUGUAAAAAAUGCAGAUGGUGAAAUUGAAGUGAAGACAGGUCGCAGAACUCGAAGUAUCAUUAAUUCAGAAACAGUCGAUUCUCCGUUACGUCGUAGUUCUCGUGUCAAGCAUGCUGGAAAACAAAAUGAAUCUUCUCCUGAAUCACCUCCAAGUGACAAUAGUAACAUUAAUAGUACACCAUCAGUGAGAAACACAAGACGUCGAAUAGAUGCUUUGAAUAAUUCUGCACUGUCAGAGAGGAGUAGAACAUUACGCUCCAGAAGGAAUUCUGGCCUUGAUGAGCAAACUAGUUUUAGCAAGCAACAUACAAGGGCUGGCUCUGAAUCUAAAUCUCCACCAACUGCAGCCAGACCUACACGUAGAACAAGAGCUAGUUCUAUGGAGCCUGCAGCAAACAUAGAAAAUAAUGAUAUGAAAACAAAUAAUAGUGAAUUAGUACACACUCCUAUUAACACCAGAAAACGUAGGUCUAUAUUACCAGCAGGAAAACCCGUAAUUGAAGAAAACGAAGAGAUAAUGAAUCCUGUAGUAGCAUUGGACCGUGUACUGCCCAACCUUCAAGAAAUAAACGAAACAUGCUCUGAAAGUUUCACUACAGAAGAUGUGAAUAAAUCAGUGCCUGUGUCAAAGAAUGAAGUUGACACAGUUCUUGAAGAUACAUGUAAAGAAGAAACAGAUGCUGAUAUAAACGCCAGAAAAGAAAACACUAAUCCUGCGGAAAAUUCUCCUAUAAAAGCAGUUGAAGAAGUAAAAAUGGAUACGUCUAUUAAUAAACUCAUAGUAUCAGAUAAUAGUGAAAGUAUAAAUGAUUCUAUAAAUACUACACAAGUGGAGUCACCGAUAGAAGAUGUAACAAAAACACAGGCUCAAAAAGAAGAAGUCACACCCAGAAAAUUGGGAAUGAAAAAUGGAAGCUAUGCAAACAAUUCUAUAAAAGAAGAUGAUGAAAUUCUCGGUAACAAGGAGAACCAAGAGGCAAAUAUUAUUGACAAUUCUAAAAAUACAGAUGUCACAGUUUCCAAUGUAUUAUUGCAAAGUCCAAAACUUGCAGUGAGUAAUUUAUGUGUUGGAAAAUCAGUCAAAGAAAGUAAUGAAAAUGCAGACAGCUCAGAUAAUAUAAUCAUUACAGCCAGAAAAGAAAACACUAAUCCUGCGGAAAAUUCUCCUAUAAAAGCAGUUGAAGAAGUAAAAAUGGAUACGUCUAUUAAUAAACUCAUAGUAUCAGAUAAUAGUGAAAGUAUAAAUGAUUCUAUAAAUACUACACAAGUGGAGUCACCGAUAGAAGAUGUAACAAAAACACAGGCUCAAAAAGAAGAAGUCACACCCAGAAAAUUGGGAAUGAAAAAUGGAAGCUAUGCAAACAAUUCUAUAAAAGAAGAUGAUGAAAUUCUCGGUAACAAGGAGAACCAAGAGGCAAAUAUUAUUGACAAUUCUAAAAAUACAGAUGUCACAGUUUCCAAUGUAUUAUUGCAAAGUCCAAAACUUGCAGUGAGUAAUUUAUGUGUUGGAAAAUCAGUCAAAGAAAGUAAUGAAAAUGCAGACAGCUCAGAUAAUAUGCAAAAUGUGAUGGUAACUGACACAGACUCAUUAAAUGAAAGUCCACUUAGUGAGAGUAUGGAUGAGAAAGUUUCAUGUAUUGAAGUAUGCGAAGAUUCAAGUCUAGAUGACAACAUACAAAUCUUGAAAUGUCCAGAAGAUGUUAAUGACAUGAAAUUAAGUCAGUAUAGUGACAUUGAGGAUCAGAAUACAUCAUCUGCAGAUACAAAUGUUGAUAAAAAUAGAGAUGAAGAAAUAGGCGCCGACAAAUCUCUUAGAUUGGAAACCAGUAUGGAAGAACUACAGCAUAUUACUUCAGAAGAUGGAACAAUUAAUAACGAUAAAAAUGUUGGGCCGCCAUUAACUCCAAAAGCACACACUAAUACACAUGAGGGGGAUCCGAAAGACGUUUGUUUAACUCCCAUUGAAUAUGCAAGUGAUAAAUGUGAAGCGAACGAAGAAACUGCAACUUCAAAUAUAUCCAAAAACGUAACAGAUGCAGAUAUUAUGAACUGUUCCAACUGGUCUGACAUAUCUAUAUCGAAGACAACUACAUCUUUGUCAUUAGCGACCAAUGAUUCUACUAAAGACGAUUCUGCAGGUAUCGAAAUGGUUACAGAAACUCCUAGUCAAGAAAAUGUAGGGAAAGAAUCUUCAGAUGUUGAUAUCAAAUUAACUGAUAUUGAAACUACUAGUGUAGUAACAGAUAAAGAUAAUAUUACUAAUGAAACUGAAAAUGAUAAAUCUUGCAGUGAUGCACAGUCUUCAGCUGAGUCUAUUGAGAAAGUACUUGAAAAAGAUGACGAGACACUAACCACCUGUACAAUGGAUGGCAGCAUGACGUUCGAUAGUGAGUGUUUGUGUGUGUUCUGUUCCAACACACAGAAUAAAACGGAAGAAAAUGAAAUUCCUAAAAUGUUUGAAAAGCAUGACGAAAAACCGGAAGACGAGAAUCAGUCCGAUUCAAAUGUGUCUAGAGAAUUAUUUAAAGAUAUUUCAGCUGAUGAAUGGAGAGAUAAGAUUUGUGAGACAAAUUCUGUGCACUCCAUGUCAACUGAACGAUUAGAAAACGAAAGUGAGAAUGAAUGUGAUGACUUUGUUUUGGUUGAUAAGGAAUCGCCCCAAACACCAGAAAAUAGAAACAUCAAUAAAAAGAAGAGAGCAUUAAAUUACGAUUCAGAGGAUACAGUUCUACUGAAAACGCAAAAGGAUGAAUUGAAAGAAAAAAGAGAAGAAAGUGUGACUGUAUCAAAGGUUCAAUGCGAAAUGAAUAAAAAUAAAUUAGCUGAAGUAAUAAAUACUAGAAAAUCUAUGCAACAGGAAGAAAUUAACGAGAUAAAAAGUGAUACGAAUAAUCUAGAAGUUGAAUCACAAGAUCGAAAAGAGCCUAUGCAAAAUCAGAUAAAAGACAUACAAAAUGUAUCUCCCAGAAAAGCUAGUGCAAUCGAAGUAUCUAAUCAAUUUACACCUGCAAAUACUACUUCAAUUGAAGACUCAGUAGAUAGAAAUUUACUAACUGAAACUGACCAAAAUUUAAAUAUGCCAUCUACAGAAUCAUCUUUGAAUAAAUGGAACAGUAAAAAUAAAUUAAACGAUGGUUUAUCACGCAAAUCUAAAUCAGUUGAAAAACUAGAUGAUGAAGUUGAGAAAUUCGGUGAAGCUGAUACUGUGGAAGAAAAGGAAUCAAUGAAUAAGUCACCCAUUGACUCAUCAUCAAGUGCAAGUGAUUCAAACAAAUCAGUUGAAAAACUAGAUGAUGAAGUUGAGAAAUUCAGUGAAGCUGAUACUGUGGAAGAAAAGGAAUCAUUGAUUAAGUCACCCAUUGACUCAUCAUCAAGUGCAAGUGAUUCAAACAAAUUAAAUGAAAGUAUAGACUCUGAUAUUGAAAAAGAAUACAAUUUGCAUGGUGUGGAUGUUUCUAAGUUUUCUUAUGAUGAUGUACCAGGGGAUGAAUGUAGGGCAUCAGAAACUGAAUCAUCAGAUCCAGAUGAUCAUGGAUCAGAUUUGGCAGAUUUUGUAGUCAAUGAUGAUGAUGAUGAUAUUGAUGUUGAUAAUUUUGAAGAUGAAGAAGACGAUGAUAAUGAUAACUCUGAAGUGGAAAUUGAGCUGAGUGAAAUUGAUGAGGAAUUAUGCAGUACGCAAGAUGAUGAUAUUAAAAAAUCCAAUGAAAAUACGAUAGAUGAACAAUGCCCAAAAAUGCAGGUACAAGAAGAAAGCGAAAAGGAAGAAAUUGAAAAAGAAAAACAGAAGAGAACAGAUACAAAUACUUUUAGAAAAGAUAAACAUAAACCUACAAAGUCUAAGAAAUUGGAUUUGUCCAAAAUUACCAGUAAUGAUAGAGAAAUUACGAACUCUGAAAUCGAAUCAAGUAAGAAGAAGAAGAAGAGAAAAAUCAAGAUAGAAAGUAGUGAUGAUGAAGUUCAUAAAGGUAAUGAGGAGAAUAAUGAACGUAACAGGAAAUUACUUAGUAGAAAUCUUGUUAAUGCAAAUGAAGCUGACAAAACUGUAGUAAAUAAGCAAUAUGGAAAAAUGAAGGUGCAAGAAAUCAAAGGAAAAGUAACUAAAAAGGAACAAGAGAAGGUAGGUGCAGAUAAGAAAGAUCGAGUAAGCGGAAUCAAAUCUACAGACACUACUGAGAAGAGAAGCAGUAAAUUUAGUGAAACAAGGCAAUUAGAUUUAUCUGAAAGUGGUAAGAAUGUUAAGAGGAAAUCUGAAAUUGAAAUAGUUAGCAAAAAGAUAAAAAAGAACAAAACCAAGAAUAAUGAUGAACGAAUACAGAAAGAGAACGCUAUACAUACUUAUAAAAAUGAAAGUGCAAAAUGUAGCACGGUAGAACUAUCGAGGAAAGGUGUAAAACGACUUUCAGACGAUGUUAUUGGGAAUCUUUCAGAUGUUCCCAUGAAAGUAUUCCAAAAAGCUGAUUUGCAAAAGCUGCCGUCACGUUUAAUGCCUCACUCCUUACUUAAAAAAAAUAAAAUAAAUGUGAAGCAGGGCUUCAUGUCAUUAAGUUCCUAUGGAAGUACAAGUAACUUUUACGUUUCAAAUAUUCAGAAAAUGAAGAAGGCGAAAAUCACUUCGGAAGUGCUGUCAUUCAGGCAGAACAUGCUUAACAGAAAUCCACGACAACCUAUUUCACACUACACAAUGUUUUUGGAGAAGCAAAAGGCUUCAAAUAAACAUUAGCUCAGUAAUAAGACAUAUUAAAUAUCUGAUUUAUAAUAUGUACUAUUGUUAAUCGAUAGGUGAACUUCAGUAGACUGAUAAUUUCUUCAUUUUUAUAUAUUAUAAAGAUUUUUUAGAGGUCCUAAUUGUAUGGAAACACUCUUUAAUACAAUUUUUCAUAUCUCUUAGUAUGUUCUAAAAAUCAUGGGAUUUUUAUGGUACCGAUUUUUGUGUUCUUAUUAAAGGUAUUUAAAAUUCGAAAAAUCACAUGAUAGUAAUGAUUGGAAUUGUAGGCUUACUGAAGGUCCCUUAGAUAUCAUUAAAACAAUUGUUCUCGUCUUUUAUUUUACAAUGACUGUGCAUAACCAAUAAUAACUAUUGUAGUGUAUCAAAAGAAACUUUUAAAUGAGAAUGUGAAAUAAGUAAAAAUUGAUAGGAAUGAUUUUUGUAUUGUAUUAGAAAGAAGUUUUCAAGAAAUGUUUGUGCCAACUUUAUUGAAAGAAUGAUCAAGCUGUUGUAUUGCAAUGAAGUAAGGCGAAUAGAAGCGUUAUUAAAUAUGUGAUGAACGGUUGAUCACUUUGUUUCUUAAGUUGCUGUAAAGUUCUUUUCUACCAUAUAUUAUUACCGUGUAUUAAAUACCAUAGUGUUACCGAAUCAUCCAAUUUUUGUACUAUAAGAUUGUAAAAAAGAUACGAUGAUCGUCUGUUUAUGGUGUCUAUCCCGCAUGAAACGCGUUACAUUUUGUAUAUUUGUAAUGAUAUUUAUAAAUUUUAAUUUUGCUGGAUUUUCAUGAAUGAUGUACGAUUAUCUUAUAUUGCAGGGGAAAGAAUUGUUCUUUUAUUAUAACAUUUGAUUAAGAAUAAAUGUAAAUAAAGUAUCUUGUGUAAUGUAA